AAUACCCUAUUGUGUGGUUCAAAAUGAGAUUACCACUACGUUAACAGGAGAUUUGGCCGCCAACUCCAAGAUUCCCUUGCAAUUUCCAAAGUGGCGAUUUGGUGGCGAUUUCCAGCGUAGGUGUUGUGUUUUGGUUGUGGGACGAGGCGGUUGAUAUCUUAUAGGUAUAUAUCUUAUAGGUAUAGGCGGUAUAGGACAUAGGUUUCUUAUAGGUAUCUUGGUUGAUAUCAGGUUAUAGGUACGUUAUUAGCCUUCUGCCUUGGAGGUUGGACGCGACUGUGUGGGUUACGAUCUUUGCCAUUGCAAUUGUGGGUGCCUGCAAUCCGGCGUUGGCUGCAAGAUCCUUGAAAAGAUGCUGAGUACCCGAGGGCCGAGGACUUGAUGAUUCGUUCGAUUAUUACCGCAAGAUGAAGAUCAAGGAGAAGCUGGAUGCCAUACGCGACAGCGGCGUCAAAUUGGACAAGCGGCCCUCAGUCAACAGACGUGGCGCUGAAUCUGAUGCACGGUGCCAAGUCGUCUAACAUCAAGAAGAGGAAGACGACUCAUGGGCUGCUGGAGGACAACCGCUUCAAGGCGAUGUUCAAGAACCCCGACUUCACGAUGGAUCACGAGUCGGACACGUUCAGGCUGCUGAAACCGGUGCUCAGCUCGCUGGAGGAGCAGCGGGCCGCCAAGGCCGAGCGCGGACAGCGGCUGGCCGAGGAGUGCCGCCUCCAGGAGGAACUCGAGCUCGAGGGACGGCCCAGCUCCGAGGACAGCUCCGACGGCGAGGAAUACGUCACCGAGCUCCAGCGGAGCCAGCAGCAGCGUCAGCUCGAGCGGCGCCAACGGCCCGCCGAGCUGGUGGCCAACCCGGCUGCGCUGCCGGUGCGCGUGCUGCAUGGCGACAGUGUGCGCGAGAUCACCGGCGGCGCCCGGCGCGCGCGACGCGUGCCGCUCGGCGACCGGCUGCGGCGCCAGCAGAGCGACGGACCCGUGCAGCAUGUGUCCGGCUUCAGGAACCAUGACGUUCGCCCCCGGCUGGUAAGAAGCGCGACUCGCGGCGGCGCGAGAAGGCGCUGCGCCACCAGGCCGAGCGGCGCAAAAUCCGCCGGUCGGCCAGCUCACUAGGCAAAACCGCCGUCGUGUUAAAAAAUACGUAACGGUUGUGGCAGGGCUGUGCAAGCGUGUGUUUCGCGGAUGUAUGGAUGCGACGUGAUUUGAGGGAGUGUUUGGAUGGUGUUUUACUUUUGACUCGUAACUGGAGUUCCUAUGUUUCGCAACGAAUGCCUUGUGUCGUGUUGAGUGCUCAGCUCACGAAUGUUUUGCACGGCAGAUAUUGCUGCUCAGUGUGAUGCUGCAAUUGCACACUGGGAGGUAUUGCAGAAUGUCGCACGCUGGUGUCCCUUGUGUGUUACUGAAAACUUGUGUUACUAAACGUUUGUUACUAGUGUAAAACAAAAUAUAUGUGAAACCCUUGCAAUC